AAAAUUCGGAGGCUGAUGUUUCAAGGCUGCUAUGCAGACACAGAAUGCUUUGGGGGCGCUGUUCCUUGUCUUCUUAGGGAUGGUUGAAGUCAGAGCACGCCAGCCCUGUAGUCCUAAAUACCUUCGCGCAACUGCAAUGGUGUGCGUUUGCAACGCGACAUACUGUGACACAGUGGACCCGGUCUCCCUCCCUGACGUCGGCAGCUUUGUCAAGUACACAACCAGCAGGGACGGCCAACGGUUGGAGCGGAGCGAAGGGAAAACAGCUGCCAAGUCAGGAGCUUCCGGUGGAAUUUUCUACACCUACGAUCCCUCCGUUCGGCACCAAUAUGUCAAAGGCUUCGGCGGGUCGCUCACCGACUCUGCGGCCAUCAACAUCCUGCAUUUGUCUUAUGCAGCCCAAAACCAACUUCUCUGCUCUUACUUCUCCGAAGAAGGAAUUGAGUACAAUUUGCUGCGUUGGCCCAUUGGCUGCUCCGACUUUUCCACGCGGCCGUACACUUACGAUGACCGCUGCGUGAAUGACUUCGAACUGAAGUGUUUUGAACUGGCCCCCGAAGACACCAAACUUAGGAUCCCCCUUCUCCAUCGUAUCAUGGCCCUCACCGGGAGACCCCUCUCACUGGUCAGCAGCCCUUGGACCAGUCCUGCCUGGCUAAGGGUCAACAACAAGGUUUAUGGCAAAUCCAGGAUAAAGGGAGAACCAGGCGAUCGCUACCACAAGGCCUGGGCUCGUUAUUUUAUCAGGUUCUUUGAGGAGUACGCCAAAUACAAUAUUACUUUCUGGGCAUUCAGCUCUCAGAACGAACCCAUCACGGCCCUUUUCAUAAGUCGGGAAGAUUUUCCUUGCAAUUAUUUCUCGCCGCAACAUCAGCGCGACUUUAUCAUUCAAGAUUUGGGGCCCGCCCUUGCCGCCAGCCCUCACGCCGACGUCCGCCUGAUGAUCCUUGAUGACGGGAGGUGUCACUUGCCGAACUGGGCUGACCAGGUGAUUGGCAAUAGUACGGCGGCGGCCUUCGUAUCCGGCAUUGGCAUCCAUUGGUAUUUUGACUCGGUCACCCCAGCUGGACUUACUCUGGACGUUACUCAUCACCUGUACCCCGAUUUCUUCCUGCUCUACACCGAAGCUUGCAAUGGUUAUCUGGACUGGGACGUGAAGGUUAUACUGGGAAGCUGGGAGAGAGGCACCUAUUACAGCAGCAACAUCCUGACGGUAAGGGGACCCCCUUGCUACGACCAAAAAUUCGUAGCCCUUCGACGAUAA